CCGGCCCUUUUUGCGGUGGGACAUAUUGGGCGCCCCCAGGGUCGGGGCAAGCUUCCUGGAGGUGGUGUUCUCCAUUCUGGGCAGAAGAAGGCGAAUGGAGGGACGGGGGUGCGCACUGGAGAGCCUCUCCGGGUGGGCUUCCUCUCCAGGACGCCUCCUCCGUGUCUCCACCUGCCGUCCUUGCAGGCUUUCCGCCAGGGCAUCAUCUCCUCCUACCGUUCCCUGGGAGGCAGUGCGGUACCACGGCUGCCUCCCUUGGCGCCGUACAUGGGAGUAGGUUCACAGGAAACACAUGUUUGUCCAGUUUGGGCCCUCACCCUUUGCUUGCAGCUCCCCUGGAGUCCACCGUGCCAUCCAGAAUGGUGCCCAGAAGUCGUGGGACUUCAUGAAGACUCACAAUAGCGUGACCAUCCUCAUGUUCAACUCUUCCCGGAGGAGCCUGGUGUUGGUGAAGCAGUUCCGGCCAGCCGUGUACGCUGGCGAGGUGGAGCGUCUCUUCCCAGGGUCCCUGGCCGCUGCGGAGCAGGACAGGCCCCAGGCGCUGCAGGCGGCGCUGCCUGGCUCAGCGGGGGUCACCUACGAGCUGUGCGCCGGCCUCCUGGACCAGCCGGGGCUCUCGCUGGAGGAGGUGGCCUGCAAGGAGGCCUGGGAGGAGUGUGGCUACCGCCUGGCACCCUCUGACCUGCGCCGGGUGACCUCGUACAAGUCUGGCGUGGGACUGACCGGCUCCAGCCAGACCAUGUUCUACGCGGAGGUGACAGAUGCCCAGCGGGGCAGCCCGGGUGGGGGCCUGGCUGAGGAGGGAGAGCUCAUCGAGGUGGUGCACCUGCCCCUGGACGGCGCCCGGGCCUUUGCGGACGACCCGGAUGUUCCCAAGACUCUCGGCGUGAUCUUUGGUAUCUCAUGGUUCUUCAGCUGCGUGGCCCCUGGCCUGGGUCUCCAGUGAGAGCCCCGCAGACCCAAUAAAGGCUGGCAUCGCUCUUGGA